AUGAUAUCUCUGGUCGCGUUCGAUCUCGAUGGAACGCUUGCCGAGAGCAAGCAAGCCCUAAAGGACUCCAUGAGCCAGGCGCUCGCUGACCUGCUCUCCGUUGCCCACGUCGCCGUCAUCUCGGGCGGCGACUGGCCGCAAUUUGAGAAGCAGGUCGCGAGCCGCCUCACCGACAAGGCCGACCUGUCCAAGCUGUGGCUGAUGCCCACCACGGGCACCAAGCUCUACACGCACCGCAGCGGCGGCCAAUGGGCGCCCGUCUUUGCCGACAUCUUCAGCGAGGACAAGCGCCGCGACAUCAUCGCCGCCUUCAACACCUCGCUCGCCGCCACGGGCUUCACGCCGGAGAAGACGUGGGGCCCGCGCAUCGAGGACCGCGGCAGCCAGAUUACCUUUUCGGCGCUGGGCCAGGAGGCGCCGAUUGCGGAAAAGAAGCACUGGGACCCCGACUUUGCCAAGCGCAAGGUCAUCCAGGCCGACCUGCGCCAGCGCCUGCCGGGCCUGUCCAUCAACAUGGGCGGCGCGACGUCGAUUGACAUCACCAAGGAGGGCGUCGACAAGGGCUACGCGCUGAAGCGGCUGGCCGAGGUGAGCAAGAUCUCGCUCGAGCAGAUGAUGUUUAUCGGCGAUGCCAUCUUUCCCGGCGGCAACGACUACCCGGCCAAGGAGAUUGGGGUCAAGACGGUGCUGGUGCGCGAUCCGGACGACACACUGACUGCGAUUGCUGCCAUUGUCGCCUGUCUGCAGUGA